GUAAAGAACGUGUCGUAAAAUAAAUAAACUUAAUCUUUUGUUGGCCAAGAUAUAACAAUUAUCACUUAAAACGACGCUCAUGCAAUCAAAAAUUAGAUGGCAGAUGAAUACAUAGGGCUGCAGGGUUUAUUAAGUUUAAUAUCAAGAUGUGAAGGAGAACCAAACGUCACGAAACUAUCAGUGGAACGUUCAAAGAAGAGACAAGUCCAAAAUGAACGGACGAAAACAAAUAACCGAGCGAAAAGAGCUCACACAAUCUCUUAAAUAUAAAGGGAUGAUGAAUUAUCAAGAGUCUAAGAAGCUUAAUUCUUCCGUGGAUAGAUAUAAAAAGGAAUUUGAGAAAAAACUUCGUGAGCUAUCUGCACAACAAUCCGUGCUUCUCGCUUCUCAGCGAAGACGAGACUCUCGGAGAGGUUCUCUCCCGUCCUGCCCCUCGGUCAAGGUAAACGGUGAAGGUAGUGACAAAUUAAAGAGUUCAUCUUCUGAUUCAGCCCUGGACCAGCACGUUCUAGCUAAGGAUUUAAGAACUAGCGUAAGCUGCGACAACGGGACCUCAUCGUCGCCGUCGCCUCUGAAACUGCCGAACAUAGCAACUCACAAGAAUAAAGGAGCACGAAAACUUGAGUUAGAGGACGUCGCAUCCUUAAAGAUGCCAAAAGAAACUCUUUACGACAAGCUGAAGUACUCAAGACAAGUGAAACCAAGACUGGAUGCUCAAGACUUGACAAGGAAGCUAUCUAACGGUUACUCUACAAUGGUUAUUGCGUCUCCAACGAUCACGAGAUCGACUCGUCGAGGAAGUUUACAAGCAAACCAGUUAGCUCCUCUGACAGUGGAGGAACCCGUGUCAAAUCGCUCGAGGUUGCGGAGAGGAAGUUGUCCUAACCUGGGUUCCAAGUGGACCAGAGAAAAGAAAUUAACCAGCGUGGAAAGCAACGACGACAACUCGGUACAGGACAAGACAUUUUCCAAGCAUGUGCUUGAGAUGAAGAAAUGUCGAUAUUUGAGAUUUCCAACGUCUAUAAAAGAGGACGAGGAAGAGAAUGAGUCGGUGUUUAUUCAAAAGUGAACUUGAUAAAAGCGAUGAGUCAAGGAGCCCGGCGUCAAGGCAUUUCUUGAGUUUCAUAACAGCUGUAUUGUUUAACGAUGAAAGAUUGACAAAAGUUCGCGUUUGUGUGCAGAAAGACACAUUAACAUAGUAACUAUGUUUUUUUCUGUUCAUGUAAAAAAAUUAGAGGAGUUAGGUUUUCCGAUUUGUAUAUAUAGACAUUAUGAAUUUCGUAAGACAAAAUUAACCAUCAAAUUCAUGAAAAUUUUGAUUGCAUCAUAAGAAUGACAGUACAUUGCAUGAACGUGUGCAUGUAAGACAUGUAAAUAAACGAGCAAUAGACAUAAAUAAACACAGUCCUCAGAUUGUAAUACUUAAUAUUUUAACUCUUAAAACACUGCUUUAGGAGAGUCAAAGGUGUCCCAGUAUGUUGCUAUUUUGAAUAAUAAAUAUAUUAUUGAAAAAAAUCUCUAGAAAAAUCCCUCAAGGCCAGUUCCCCCUUACACAUUCGACUCGUUACAGAGUAUUCAAGCAUGCACAUGCAACACGUGCCGAACAUUUUUAUUACUUUAGGAGUUUGGACUUCGAACUUAGGCCCCGUCCAAACGUACGUAUCCGGAUAUUUUUGAAUCCGCAACUUU